UGUAGAAUUUGUGCGGGGGAACUCGCGAGAAACGAUGGGGUGCACAUUUUGGCCGAGGAGGGCAGGCGACACUGUCUACAGACCAAAAUACGAAAAUAUCUCUACAUUCUGCGUGCUGGAAUCGCAAUGCCGAACUUCGCUUCGCUCCCUUUUUCAAAAAGGUUUGCGCGCGUGUGUGUGUCCAUCUCGCGAGUGUGAGACGCGUGUGUCCGGCUCAAAAUCAAAUUUGAAAAGUCCUACGUCCCGUCGUGCUGUUCGGCUGACGAUGGGAAACGACGCGUGAUGUUGAGCUUUUAUUUUUAUUUUUAUUUUUAUUUUUAACGAUCGGUAGCAAAUUUUCUUAGAACGUAAUUAACAGAUUGGAGAAUUGAAACGUAUCGAUAACAAUACAUUCAUGGCUGUAAUUUUAGUUAAUUAAUUUCAUUGUGAUGCUCUUAUGAAAAUGAAAAGUUUGAUUUGCUUGAAUCAUCGUGAACUUUAUUUAUUUUUGUAUCCGUUUUUUUCUGACGGAGAACUAUUGAAAAUCAUGUGAUUUAAUAAAAUUUUAACAAAAAUACUAGUGAAGGAAAUGACAUGUAAAUCGUACGUAAACGAAAUUGUAAUGUAAUAUUUGUGCGAUCGCGUAAAAUGAUUUGAAAUAUGAAUACUCGCGUGCAUGCAUAACGAUAAUUUAAAAGAAAAUUUAAAUAAAUGGUUAGCCUAUUCGGAAAACUCAAAAUUGGUUUAUUUAAAUUAUAAAUAGAAUUGAAGAUGGUUAAAAAUUUAUUUUUAUAUGAACUAUAAUUGUUGAUUGAGUAAUUUGAAAUUAUUAAUCUGAACAAAAAUCGUUAAAUCUCUUUUUGAGUAUCGGUUGACAGUAAAAAUGGUGAAAGGAAACGGUCUGAGCGAGAAGAAUUGUAACGGGUAUCGUCAGAAGACAAACUACCAAAGAUGGUUUGUUCCACUUGCAUUAAGAGAUUGGAAGGGGUCCAUAGAUUCGCGAUGAUGGCCUAUCGUACUCAAGAGAAGCUACGCUUACAAUUCUAUGGUGUUUUUGAUAGUGUAAACUCUUCGCAAGACAUUGACAGCGAGAAGAUCAAAGACAUUCAAGAUGCUACAAAAAGAAUGGAGGACCGAGGACUGUUACAUUCUAUAUUAACUAAGGGUGCCAUAGAAAUCUUAGCGGAAGGUGAACCUUUGGGACCAUCAACAUUACUGACCCAGGAUGAAAGUCAGCACACACCAAGUAUGGAAGAGAUGGAAGUCAAAGUGGACCCAAUGUUGUUUUUGCAAUGCGGUUUGGAACAAUCUUCUUCUGAAAUGUCUGACAUGUCUGAUAGCGAAGAGAAAGUGGACAGAGUACCAUCCCCAGAGCCAAUGUCACUUAUUAACAAAAAUGUCGAUACAAAGAAAGAAGAGGUAACGGAAGACGAAAAAGAGACAAAUAGCAUCAAACCAUCUGAGGAAAGUGAAGAGGAUGUAUCAAAUACAACAGUAAAACCCCAUGGGUGUGCAAUAUGUCCACGUUCUUUCAUUUCUCUAAUCGGUUUACAAAACCACCACUGGUCCCAUUUACCAAGAGGUAGUCGACUUGAAGGAAAAACGGCCCUACGUUCACAGCAAGUUUAUCCUACAAAUGGAGUACUCCAAACAAACACAGAUAAUAAUUCAACAAGGAAUUACAUUUGCCCAAUAUGCAGCAAACGAAUUUCAACAAGAGGAAAUUUAAAAGUACACUUGGAAACACAUCGGCCUAAAGGAAAAUAUGGAUGCGACAUAUGCGGUAGAAUUUUCAAAACACAGUCGAAUCUAUUUCGCCAUAAGGAAUAUCAUGGUGGUAUACAAUUUCCCUGCAAUGUCUGUGGACGAGUUUAUCCGACGAAUUCGACACUGCGGGCUCACAGUAUAACGCAUUCGGAUUUAAGACCCCAUGCUUGUCCCUUGUGCGACAAGACAUUCAAGAGGAAUCAAGAUUUGAAGUUUCACAUAAAUCAGCAUACAGGCGCUCGACCUUAUCAGUGCCCCUACUGUCCAAAAGCUUUUGCAAGCUCUGGCAAUUGCUUUUCCCAUCGAAAACGAAUGCAUCCGCGAGAGGUUCAUCGAGAUAGACAACGUGCAGCAGAUCUGAUGAGAUGAACCAUGGGGAGUCGGUUCGAGGAGUGGUUAUAAGCAGGAUGGAUUUUUUUUUUCUUUUACGAGGAUAAGAUCAGAUUGACAUACUUGAGUUCAUGAGAUUCGCGGUGCUAAACAUUAGGUGGUAUUAUUAAUUUAAUUUGCAAUUAAUGAUCAGACACGUUAUGCCAUACGUAUAAGUCAGACAUUAUAUUUAUAGAUAUAUAAUUCGAUAAAUAUUUUUUUUGUUAACCAGAUAGAUUUUAUUCCGUGAUUGGUAUGUUCUCUGUACUUUGUCUAACAACACAGAGAUAUACAUGUGUAAUCGAUGGUAUUAUCAAUACUUCCGCUAUCAUUGGUAUUUAUUAGUGCCAAGUUUUACGAGUUGCAUUAAAUGCCAUUGAUAUGCAGUAGGGUCGAAAAGUUUCAUAGCCAGAAAAAAAAGAAAUCAAUAUUCUUUUAUUCAGCUUAAUCGAAAUGUAUUUAUGGUACGGAUACAGGAAUCAUUUGUAAAAGGAUUCACAUAAUUAGGUGUCACACUGAUUUAUGCAUUUCUGUUAUAUAUUAAUUGUUGUAAAUCUUACGUAUACAAUACGUAAAUAAGGGUAUGCUUCUAUGCCACUAUUUCUAUGACAUUUCAAUCCUCGAUCUUCUAUAUAACUGGUUAUGAAAUUUAGAGCUUUACUCAACAAACAAGCCAAUACGCAGUGAGAUUAAUUGACUAAACUUAGACUGUAUUAGCUUUAGGGUCUUAGCAGUGUUUUAAACAUUAGCUAAAAAGUUACAAGAGGAUCACAUGUUAUUUUGUCUAUGCGUAGAAAUAACCAAAAUUACAUCGGAUUAAAUGCGUCGAUAAUUUUACACGAGGCGCGUGAAAAAAUUCACAAUAUUGCCAAAGAAGUUGAUAAAGAAAGAAAUGAUAAAGAAAGCGAGAGAAAGAAAGUAAAAAUGGAAAAGAAACCAAAUGAGCUGCGAAGUGAGAUUUGACGCAGGAAAAAGAAAAUAAUGAAAAAAAAAAACAUUUUAUAGUCUGUGACAUUUUAGCAUAACAAGAAUAUCACCGUAAGCGUUAAGACUGUAUACGAAAAUUAUGUGUCAAAUUAGGAUAACGCAAAUUUUAGGUCAUAGAGUAGGUCACUUCGAUUUUAUGUCACAGUAAGUACGGUUUUUAGUCAUUAGGAGUCUUAGAUACAGAAAGGGCGAGGCGAAACAAAGUAAAGGGCGUAGCUAGGAAUCAUACAGGACUGUAAACGUUAUUCUUCUAAGCAGGAAGCGUAUGGAAUAAAUGUUAUAACUCAAGUCUGAAUAGAAUUAGGAAAUCGACGAUAGAUUAGAGACUUUUGUGUACCGUAGGAUCUAGUCCGUGCUUCCUUAUACGAAUAUACACGAUGUGCGUUUCGCGUGUCGCGUUCAUAAAAUGAUGAAAAUGCUCGCGAGGUCGCAUACAUCAUAACGCCCGAAAAAAAAGGAUUGCAAACUGGCGAAAAUUUAGCAACGGCCGUAAAUAUCACACGAAUCGAAUUAAUGAAUAAUAAUCACUUGUUUUGCAAUAGUUGGCACAGAUAAAUAUGUAUUUUGCGAUUACGUUUUUUGCAAAAGCUUCCCAACGUUCGAAUGUAGUUUAUAUACGUGUCGGUAUGUUAGGUAUACGCUAUGGCGUGUACGUUAAAAAUAAUCAAUUUUUGAAGUAUAGAAAAUGAAAAAAAAUGUUUCUCAUACCUUCCAGAUGUCGCUUUGUGGUAUAUACAACUAAUAUCAUUAACCCUCUUAGAGAAAUCAAAAAUUGAAUAUUUUUUUAGCAGCUUAACCAACCAACUUUAGCGUCUGGCUAGGUGAUUUUAAAGGGCCACUAAAUAAAAAUGUAGUUUAACCACGUGGAUGCAACAAUACAAACAAAUAUUAAAAAACGUUUUCGAAAGACGUUAAUUCGAUGCGUAUUUAAAUGAGAACUGUAGUUAAACUCUAGAAAUUAAGGCACAACAAGAAAUUACACGGUAUUAUACGUAUUACAGAUUUGAAAAAAUGAUAUAAAAAAUGGGAAUUCGGAAUAAAAAAAGAAAAAUAUUAUAUAAAACGUAUGCUGUUCGCUUAUAUUAUUCUUAGCUACUAUGGUUUUUUAAUUUUGCAGGAAAUUUCAGAAUGCACAAAUAAAUCAAGAAAAAUGGUC